AGAAAGAUGAUGUUAAAGUUGAGAAAUUUAGUGGUAAGGAUGGGAUUAGAAGGGGUAAAGAGGUAAUUAGAAGGUCCAAUUUGUUGGCUAAGCAGGUCAUUAGUAUAACUCUUAGCUUGGGGUUUGUUACUCAGCUUUGGGUUGACACCACCGCUUGGAUGGUUUUAUUUGUGGAGAUGAGGCCAAACUUGCUUUCUGGGGAUGCAGAUAACUUCCUUCUGGAGGACAUUAGUCAGGUCGGGGAUGUCGUCCUUGUCCCGGAUGAAAGCAUGAUAGAGAACGAAUUUAAAAUGGUUGGAUUGGAGACCCUGGUUGGAUACAAAGUUGUAACACCCUCUCAACGGAAUAUUGGAAAGGUGCAUGGAUACACGUUCAGCCUCAAUUCAGGUGCUGUUGAAGAACUUGAGCUUGAUUCAUUUGGACUAUCAAUUAUCCCUUCAAGUUUGGUGAGUACUUACUCUUUGCUAGUCGAGGAUGUAGUGGAAGUAGUAUCUGAUGCUGUUAUGGUUCGCGAAGCUGCAGCGUCACGUAUACAAAGGCUUUCAAAGGGUUUCUUGGCAACCAGAAUGUAGGAGUUUCAAUGGAUGAUCUUGAAGAUUAUGACUCUGAACCAUCUGUGACAUAUGGCCAAGUUUCAAGGAGAAGGAAAAGUCUUGGAAGAAAGAAACCUAAUCAAAGAUAUUGGGAUAAUGAAGAUGAUUGGGAUCUUCCAAUGGACUAUCUUUGAUUCACAUGUUUUGUCCGCUAACUCCCAUGUAAUAAUACUCCUUUUAAUCGAAAAUACAGUGAAGCUUUAAUAA